UUUUAAACGGGUCUCGGUGUUUUAGUUUCUCUUUCUCAUGUCUGCUUAAAACCCUAGAGAGAAAGUAGGUGUAUAUAGUGAGUUUUUAUUUGAAACAUCUCUUAUAAAAAGAUAAAGAUGAUUUACUUGUCACGAAUUAGGCAUUUAAAUUCUAAAUUUCAACAAUUCAAAUCAAGAUGCUACUCUCAGAUUUCCCAUGGAGUUUCAUCUACAUCUUACAUCGCUGUAAACAACAAAAUCCAAGUUUUUCAGCAACCCAAUCCAUUCAUUAAACCAACUGGCUCUGUAUACAUCAAUAUUAGAUCUUUUGCCGCCCCAGUUAAGGCUAAAUCUAAAUCGGGAGCUAAAGAUUCUAAAGGAACAAGGCUUAAUGAACAAAUUACCUCUGAUAUCAUUAGGCUUGUUAGCAACGAAGGGGAGCAUACAGUUGUUUCAAGGCGUGAGGCACUGGAGCGCGCAAAGAAGCUGAGUCUUGAUUUGGUUGAGGUUGGCCUUGACCAAAAGGAAAAAAUACCUGUUUGUAAGAUCAUGGACUUCCAUAGAGAAAAGUACGAAAAACAAGUAAAGGAAAAAGAUCGUACUAAAAACAAGUCAGAAGUUACUUUGCGCCAAGGGGACUGCAAAGAAGUUCGUUUUACAGGAAAAAUAGAACUAAAGGACCUUCAAAUGAAAGCUAAUAUGGUUAAGAGAUUGAUGGAGAAAGGCUAUCGGGUGAAGUGUACGGCAACGGGUAAAGAAGAUGAAGACUUUGGAGGAAAUUUAAGUCGUCUAACAGCUUUGCUAGAAGAUACUGCUGUUGUGGAAAGUGGUCCACUGGUGGAGAAAAAGCAGGCUUAUGUAAUUGUCAGGCACAUUAAGUUUGGGCGCCCCAAGAGCGGUCCUUCCAAGAAAGUUGAUGUCAGAAAGGAAUCUACCAAUUCAACAACCAACAACACUUCAGGCGAUAUUCAAACUCCGAUAAAGAUUGAUGAAGACUCUGGUUCAGAAUCCAACGAAAAUUCAGAUUCAGAAAUACCUUCUCCAAUCGAAAGUUUGUGGUCGCCUAUUGAUAAAAGAAGUGGUAGUGAUGUUGCUGGUAGGGAGGCUGGGAAAACUAAAGGUUUUAUCGAUGGACAAAGAGAUGGUGGUAUCCCAGUCAGAAAACCGCCAUUUGAGGCUGAGAAUCGUUAUGCCAGAAGAAAUGAACCUAGAACUGGCAUUCCACCGCCAAGAUUAUCAACUCCUAACCCGUUUGCCAGUGUCCCAAAAUUCUCCCCUUCAGUGCAGCAGAAACCCGAAAUGAACAGGAUUCCCCCAGGUCCAAUGGACUCCAGGCGCCCAGCCAGACCUCAACUUCCACCUUCGCCACCAUUGGUGGAAAAGAGGGAAAACGGUGCUUCAACAUUAAGAGCACAUUCUCGCCAAGGUAUUCCGACCUCUCCACCCCCAACAUCGGCGCCAGCACCAAAAUACGGAAUUUUCAGUAGUCAGAAACCUAAUAAUCCUCCUAACAUGCACAAUCCAACCACAGGAAGGACUGUAGAGGUAGAUUCAUCUAAUCAAAAAGCUGAGAGUGAGCAAAAGUCCAACGAACGGAAAUAUGGAAUAUUCAGCCGCAAGUAGAAUGUGUGACAGUUUUGAUAUUGUAUUCAGCAAGAUUGAGAAAUUUACUAGUUGAAGGCAUUACUCUCAUGUCAAUAGAACAAUUUGAUAAUCUUGAUUAAACCAAGAAAUGUUUCAAGUUAAUGAAAAGUAAAAAAUAAAAAAAAUUAGAAUA